AUGAAUAGAGAAGAAGAAGAAAUCCAAUUCCUUGGCUUCUUCGGCAUCAUACAAGAGUCGUACGACAUCGUUUCAUCAUGGAAAAUAAUCUUCACCAAGAUCACACUAUUUCUAAUUCUCCCUCUCUCUUUCAUCUACUUAGCCCACAUCCAAAUUUCGGAGCUCCUCUUCUCCAAAAUCAUGCUCGACGAAACUCCUCAAAGAACCGGGUCCCACAAAAAAAUCUCCGACGUUCUAUGCUCGGAAUGGACGGCCUUCUUUUUGUUCAAAAUCGGAUACUUCAUCUUCUUCGUGAUUCUCUCUCUCCUUUCAACCUCUGCGGUCGUCUACACGGUCGCAUGCAUUUACACCGCGAAACGAAUAACCUUAAAAAAGGUUAUGACCGUGGUUCCCAAGGUUUGUAAGAGGCUUGUGGUGACUUUCGUAUGGAGCUUCAUUAUCUUUUCCGCAUACAACGUUGUUUCGAUACUAGUACUAUUGAUACUCGGCCCGGUUUCAUUUUCGGGCCCGCUUUUUCUUACCUUGUACGCGGUCUCGUACUUGAUUGGAUUCUUUUACAUAACCGUAAUAUGGCAUUUGGCUAGUGUGGUUUCCGUGUUGGAAGAGAGUUACGGACUAAAUGCAAUGGCGAGGAGCCACGCUUUGAUCAAGGGAAAGAUGGGAGUUUGUUUUGCACUAUUUUUUGUUAUGGGCCUUUUCUUCAUUGAAAUUCAGCUUAUUUUCAAAGUUUAUGUUGUGGUAGGUACUAAUGAAGAGGGGAUUGGGAGAAGGGUUGGAAUUGGGAUUCUUUGCUUGGUUUUAUCGUCGAUUACGAUGUUAUUCGGACUUAUUAUGCAGACAAUUAUUUACUUCGUUUGCAAAUCUUAUCAUCACGAAAAUAUCGAUAAGUCAUCUUUGGCGGAUCAUCUAGGAGGUUAUCUUGGAGAGUAUGUUCCUCUCAAGUCUAAGGAUGUUCAGCUUGAGCAUUUUCAAGUUUGA